GGGAGGGUAUAAAUGCUCUGUGUUAAGGCAGCUGGCUGAUUUGGGUUCUUACUUUUGAACUUCGGUCUCUCUGAGAAACCUAACCUUUAUUUUGUGAACUCUGCUCAUCUCCUGGGAGUAAGACCUUUACGAGGAUCUGUGAGCUGAACUGAUAUCACACUCAAGACACUUCAACUCCCAGGAUGCGUCUGCUCUGUGCUCUGGGUCUCUUCUUGGCCCUGCUGCAUGUGACCUCCUGUCUGCUGAUUGGAGCCUUCAACAUCCGAUGUUUUGGAACCGGGAAAUUCGAUAAACCGGAAGCGAUAAAGAUCAUCACAGAGAUUGUCCAGCGCUAUGACAUCAUUCUGAUCCAGGAGGUCCGCUGCAACCACGAUCUGAGCGUACCCGACAAACUCCUGGCUCUUGUUAACAAAGGUACUACUGAGUUCAGCUACAACUCCAGUGAGCCCCUGCCUCUGGGUUCCGGCAGCUAUAGGGAGAGAUACCUCUUCCUCUACAGGGAUCAGACGGUGACCGUGACAGACAGCUUCCAAUACGAUGGCAAAGGCUUCAUGAGACCGCCCUUCGUCGUCAAGUUUUCCUCCACACAGACCGCUGUGAAGGAAUUUGUUCUGAUCCCCAUUCACACCCAACCGGGCAACGCUGUAGAAGAACUGAAUGCCCUUGUUGAUGUGGUUGCUGCUGCCAAACUCAAAUGGACGAACAAUAACAUCAUGGUGCUCGGAGACUUCAACGCAGACGGCACGUAUGUCACAGCAAAAGACUGGAAGAAUAUCCGCCUCUUCACCAACAAGAACUUCCACUGGCUGAUCGCCAACGGUGUUGACACUACAGUGGCAGCAUUGUCUUCCAACACUUACGACAGGAUUGUCGUCACCACUGAAAUGAACAAUGGAGUGGUGAAAGGCAGCGCUAAGGUCUUUAACUUCAAGAUUAAUUAUGGUCUUACCCAGGCUCAGGCGGAGGACGUCAGUGACCAUUUCCCUGUGGAGGUGAGGCUGGAGCCGGAGGUGGAGCUGAAGGUGGACCCGCCAGGAAAAGCAAUAAAACGCCCACAUUCAGAUGGUCCGUCAAAAGACACCAAAAGAAUCAGACCUUGAGUCUGAAUCCGAAUUAGGGUUAUUCAGUUGGAGUAUUUCUGGAACCCAUGCAGCAUUGAAAAAGAAUAAAAAAACAUUUAAAAAGCCAAAUGAUUUCA